CUUUCUCUUUCGAUCUCCUUUCUUUGAUCGCUACCCAUGGGUUGGAGAUAUAGAGCAGGCAUGCUCCUAAUCUUCACUGUUGUCAUUCUGUGGGUCACCUCUGCAGAAAUCACCCAGGGUAUUUUUACAGAGUAUAAGCACCCAUUUGCAGUAACAUAUCUUGGAACCUCUCUGUUGGCAGCUUAUCUUCCAAUAGCAUUCAUUCGGGAUUGGUUACUCAAACGUCUGCGAUGUUACUCUGAUAGUUGUGUGUUUGAGUCCUCCCAAGUGCUUGAUUCUCCUCCGGUACACAACUUUGACAUCGAAGAACAGCAACCUCUGGCUGAUGAAAAACGUGCCAAAGACUUGCAUUAUUCUCAAAAGGAAGGAAAGCCAACUGUUUUUGCUGAUAGCAAAGAUGAUGUAGACAUGCUGAUACAUAGAAAGCUUAUCACAAAGGAAAUUGCAACGUUAGGCUUAUUCAUCGGUCCUAUCUGGUUUGCAUCAGAGUAUUUUAUGAAUGCGGCUCUUGAAAGAACAAGCGUUGCGAGUACAACAAUAUUAUUCUCGACUUCAGGGCUUUUCACUCUUCUAAUCGGUGCAUUGCUUGGAGAAGAAUCUAUAAAUGUAGUAAAUUUGGUUUCUGUUUUCGUCAGCAUGGCUGGUGUUGCCAUGACAGCAUGCGGGAAGACAUGGGCAACGGAUGAAUCUGAGUCAACCACAUCCUCAAACGGAAGCCAUUCUUUCCUCGGAUAUCUUUUUGCUUUGCUCUCAGCUAUUACCGAUGGACUAUUCGCAGUGCUCCUUAAAAAGUUUGCCGGGGAAGAUGGAGAGAAGGUGGAUAUGCAGAAGUUAUUUGGGUAUAUUGGAUUAUUCACCCUGGUUUCCCUUUGGUGGGUAGUGUGGCCGCUGACUGCUUUAGGAAUUGAACCCAAAUUCAUAAUUCCUGACUCUGCUCAAACGGUCGGAGUUGUUUUUGCCAACUGCUUUGCUGGAAGUUUCCUCUCUGAUUAUUUCUGGGCAUUAGGUGUUGUUUGGACCUCACCAUUGGUGGCCGCACUAGGUGCCUCGCUUACCAUACCACUUGCCAUGUUGGAGGACAUGAUUAUCCAUGGCCGCCAAUAUUCAACUAUUUACAUUCUUGGAUCCGUUCAGGUAUUCCUGGGAUUUGCAAUUGCCAACGUCUCAGAUUGGUUCACAACGAAGUGGGGGUUGCAAUUAUUGUAUUUGCUUAAAAGAUUGUUCAUCCCUUCCCCUCUCCUUAAGUACUUGUCGAUGUGAGGCCGUGACAAUUUCAUUAGUUUUCAUGUUUAUUGUUGUACAAUAUGAUUGAUUAUAAAUGAAGUAUAAC